AAACUUAAUGUCAUUUCUACAAUCCAUCGAAAUCUCUUAAACCUUCAAUUUUUCCAAAAAUCUCAACAUUUGAUAUGGGUUUAGUAUUUGGAAGAUUUAGUGCUGAGACACCAAAAUAUGAAAUACUCAAAACCACACAAAACUAUGUAAUCCGAAAAUAUGCACCUUCUCUAGUAGCUGAAAUCACCUAUGAUCCAUCAACAUUCAAAGGAGACAAAGAUGGUGGGUUUAAGGUAUUAGUUGAUUACAUAGGAAUUUUUGGUAAACCACAAAACACCAAAACAGAAAAAAUCUCAAUGACUACUCCAGUUAUCACAAAAGAAAACAAAAGUUCAUCAGAAAAGAUUGCUAUGACAGUACCAGUUGUGACAAAUGAGAAGAACAAGAUGGUGACUAUGCAGUUUACUUUGCCUUCUAUGUAUUUAAAAGUAGAGGAAGUACCUAAGCCUAUUGAUGAGAGGGUUGUGAUAAGAGAAGAAGGUGGGAAGAAAUAUGGGGUGGUGACUUUUGGAGGAGUGGCAAGUGAUGAAGUGGUGAAGGAGAAAGUGGAGAAGUUGAGGUUGUGUUUGGAGAAAGAUGGUUUUAAGGUUAUUGGAGAUUUUUUGUUGGGUAGGUAUAAUCCACCUGCUAUUACAAUUCCAAUGUUUAGGACUAAUGAGGUUCUGAUUCCUGUUGAAUGAACAUGAUGAUAGUGGAUGUUUGUGA